UAGCUGAAAUAUUUACUUCCGGCAAAACAAUUUCACGUGUUUUCUGUUUGGCAAAAUUUAAUAAUAAAAAAUGAGUGAUAGAAAUAGAAAUAAACUUCCAAAUAACUUACCACAGCUACAAAAUCUGAUAAAGCGGGAUCCUGGAUCAUACAAAGAUGAGUUUCUACAACAGUUCAGACAUUAUGAGUCCAACUUACAAAUAUUUCAACUGAAGCCAUCACAAUACUCUAAGACACUCGAUGAAUUAGUGAUUUUCCUAGCCCAGGUAGCACAUUGCUAUCCAGAGGAAAUGAAAGAUUUCCCACAGGCUGUGAGAGAUGUUUUGCAGAGACAUUCUUCAACAUUAGACAGAACUAUUAGAAUGACAUUGUGUAAAGCACUGAUACUGUUGAGAAAUAAAGGCCUAGUACCGGCUACAAGUGUUCUAGAACUUUUCUUUGAGAUGUUCAGAUGCCAGGAUAAAUUGCUGAGGAAGACAUUAUAUACAUACAUUGUCAGUGACAUUAAAAAUGUCAACAUAAACCACAAAAAUGCUAAAUUAAACACAACUCUCCAGAACUUCAUGUACACCAUGUUAAAAGAUAACAACCCUGUAGCUGCUAAAAUGUCACUGGAUGUGAUGAUUGAAUUAUACAGAAGAAAUAUUUGGAAAGAUGCUAAAACAGUGAAUGUUAUUACAACAGCUUGUUUCUCUAAAGUGACAAAGAUUCUUGUUGCGGCCUUAAAGUUUUUCUUGGGAACAGAUGAUGAUGAUGUUAAAGACAGUGAUAGUGAGGAGGAGGAAGAAACCAAAUCUGCUAAAGAGCUUCUGACUGGACAUAGAGUGGGUAAAAAGACAAAAAAACGCCAGAAAAAAUUGGACAGAGCACUUGGAAAUUUAAAGAAAAACAAGAAAAAGAAGAAAAAAGCUGAAGUAUUUAAUUUUUCUGCUCUGCAUUUAUUACAUGAUCCACAAGGGUUGAGUGAGAAACUAUUUAGACAACUUGAGAGUACCACAGAGAGGUUUGAAGUGAAACUGAUGAUGGUAGAUUUUGUAUCUCGACUAGUUGGAAUUCAUCAGUUAUUCUUGUUUAACUUCUAUCCAUAUAUACAGAGAUUUUUACAGCCACAUCAGAGAGAAGUAACACGGUUGUUGUUGUUUGCUGCUCAAUCUUGUCAUGAGUUAGUACCACCAGAGAAUAUAGAAGGAGUUGUUAAGACAAUAGCUAACAAUUUUAUAACAGACAGAAAUUCUGGAGAAGUAAUGGCUGUUGGGUUGAAUGCAGUCAGGGAGAUUUGUUGUAGAUGUCCAUUGGCAAUGUCAGAGGAAUUGAUACAAGAUCUAGCAUUGUAUAAAAAUCAUAGAGAUAAAUCUGUGAUGAUGGCAUCUAGAUCAUUAAUUCAGUUAUAUAGAAAGAUCAAUCCUGAUAUACUGAGAAGAAAAGACAAGGGAAGACCUACAGAAGCUAUAAAAGAUUUAAAGGUUUUACAAUAUGCUGAGAAAGAUGCCAGAACAUAUUUACAAGGGACAGAAGCAUUACAAGAAAAUGAGGAGGAUGAUGAUGUAGAUAAUGAGAAGAAACAAGAAGUUGAUGGCUGGGAAUCAUGUAGUGAUGAUGAUGAUGAUGAUAGUGAUGGAGAGUGGGUAGAUGUACAUCAUUCAUCUGAUGAUGAGGUAGAUAAUUCAGCUGUACCAGAGAGUAAAGAGGAACAAGUGAAGAAAGCCAAGACAAUAUCUACGUCCCGUAUACUAACACAGGAUGACUUUAAGGUGUUACAGAGGAGACAGGCAGCCAAAGAGACCGAGGGAAUGAAAUCUGGAGGAAAGAAAAGAAAGAGAGAUCAGGAAGAAGAGGAAGAAGAAAGGGGAGAGUUAUUGAAACUGUCUAUGAUAGAGAAUGUUCACAAGAAGAGAGUACAUGAUAAAGAAUCAAGGCUAGCCACUGUCAUGGCUGGUAGAGAAGAUAGACCCAAGUACACACAUGGACCUCAGAAAAUGAAUCCACAUGCCAGUACAACAAACAAAGAUAAAGCCAGGGGUAAAAACUACACCAUGAUUAAACAUAAGGUCAUGAAUAGAAAGAAGAAAAGGUCAUUCAGAGAUAAACAGAUUGCUCUAAGAAAUAGCCUACUAAAGAGGCAGAAAAUGAAGAAAUAAACAUGAAAUUAAAAAAAUAUAUAUUUUGUUUUAUUUUGAGUUGAUAAUACAUAAAAAAUAAUAAAUAUGAAAAAAUUA